GAGGAGCCGCCGCGCGAGGAAGAGCCCAUGUAUGUCAAUGCCAAGCAGUACCAUAGAAUCCUGAAGCGGCGAGAUGCGCGGGCCCGGAUGACAGCCGAGCAUCGGAUGAAGGUCUCUAGGAAGCCGUAUUUGCAUGAGUCCCGCCACCAGCACGCGAUGAGGCGGCCGAGAGGCCCUGGUGGGCGGUUCCUGACGGCGGCGGAGAUUGCAGCG